AUGAAACAACUUGAUAUGGUUUAUUUAAUGAAAGUAGCACUUCAUGUCAAAGACAUGAAUGACAUUCAAAACAUUGAAACGAUUAACAAGAAAUGUGGAAUUGCAAUUAACUCAUUGAAAGUUAAUCCAUGGUUUACAUCAGAAAGAGAUAUUAAUAAGUUUUGUAACAUAUUUAAUCCACCAACAUGUAAUUGUAAUUUACUUCCUGUUGAUGAAUCAGUAUUAAUGAAAGUUGAGAAUAUUAGAAAUUAUAAAUUAGACAGUUUCAAUCACCCAGUAAAAAUGGUAAAUCCAAACAAUCAAUUUAAUCCACAACAUCAAAAAAUGACAGAAGAAGAAAAGGAGCGAAUGGUUAAAAUUAUACAAAAAGUUGAGUCUAUGACAUGUUUUUCAAAUAUUACAGAAGAAAUGAUUGAACUUGUUAUUCAAAACAUGAAGAAAGGAAUUAAAAUAAGAACUAAUGAAAUUUGUGCAAAGCAAUUUGAUGAAAUCUUUGAUAAAAUGAAAACAGAAGAAUCACUGUAUCCAAGUGAAAUGAUAAUUUAUGGAAGAGUAAACAAUAAUUGGAUUAAGGCUAGAGAGAAUAAAAAUAUCAUUGUUAUUUAUGAAACAAGAGAACCUUUUGAAUCUAAAAGUGAAGUAAAAAUACCAAAAGGUAUUAGAGUUUAUUCUUCAAAGAUUCUUUUGUCGGAACCAAAUAAUGAAACAAAUAUUAAAUUUGUUAGAUCACCAGUUGACUCAUUAUUUUCAAAUGUAAAAUUAGAGUCAUUUGAUUCAUUUAGAGAUGCUGAUAUUUCUAGUGUUAGAUUAAGUAUAGAAGAUAUUAUUAAUGAAGAGAAUAGAAAGAAGGUUUAUAAGAUUCUUAAUGAUCUUUAUGCAAACUCAAUUUCAAUUAAUGAAAAUACUCAACCAAGGUCUGGCCAAAAUCAAGAUUUAACAUUAUUUGAACUACCACGAUUACCUGAAUAUAUCAAAUACCUUUGUGUUUAUUCAACAAAUUCAAAUAUUGUAAUUAAUCAACAAAACAUUGAAGAUUUAGAAAUCCACUCAUUAAAACCUUCAGUUGAAUUUUAUUUAUCAAUACCUUCAGCUGAGUUUUAUCCAUUAAAGUUUUCACUUGAACUUCGUUCUGUGAAAAAUUUGAAAAAAUUAAAACUAAAUGGAGUUAAUAAACUAAAGAUAAAUGAAAUGAAAGAGGAACAAGAAAAUAAAACACCAAAUAACAGAAGAUAUUGGAAAAUAAAAGAAGGUACAAAUACAUUCCCAAAUCUUGAAGAACUUCGAUUAGACUAUUGUAAUUUAAAUACUAGUUUAGUAUUAAAUAAAUUAAAGAGUGUUGAAGUAAUUAAUUGUAGAGAAUGUAAAAUCAAUAUUAAAUCAGAUUGUAUUGAAAAAUUGAAAUUAGAAAGAGCUAUUCAAACACAAUUCAAAUUAUCAACAAAUAAAUCAACUGAUAUUUAUAUUAAAGAAGGUGAUACUUUCACAUUAGAAAUAGAAUCUGAUAAUGAACAAAACAUUGAAAUAAUAAAAGGAAAUCAGAUUAAUGUAAAAUCAAAAUGUCCAAUUAACAAAUUAAUAAUAGCAGAAUCUAAAGAAGUGAAUAUUACAGGAAAUGAAAAAUGUAAUACAAUGAAAGUUAUUGAAUCUACAAUCAAUGAAAUUGAUAUUAAACCAAAAAGAAUUAUAUUUAAAUCAAUUGAAGAAUACAUUAAAGUACCUCUGAAAGAAGCAGAGGAGAUAUAUGUUGUAUCAAUGAAAGAUUAUAUCUUUGAAGAAUUAUUUGAUAAAUGUAAGAAAUUAUGUAUUGAUGAAUGUGAGAAUUGUCAAUUCAUAAUCAACAAGAAUCAAAUCAAAGAAAUGAAAAUAACAAAAUGUAAAAAUACAGAAAUCACAGGGAAGUUAGAUAAUAUUGAAGAACUCAUCACAAUAGAUAAUGAAGAAUGUCAUAUUCCAGAAACAAAGAAUGUUAUAAAAGAAGAUACAGAAAUAAUAGAAAUGGAUAAUACAAAUAAAGAUAUAGAAAUAGAAACAGAUAAGAAAUAUAUUAUAAUAAGAAAUACUCAUGAUAGUAAUAUUAAAAUUGAAAGUGAUAUUAAUAGUGAUGUUACAAUAGAAAAUAGUGAAAAUAUCGCACUUGAUGGAGAAUAUGAGCACUAUGGAACUAUUCAAUUCAUUAAUUGUAAGAGUAAUAAAGAAACUCUAUUUAAUAAUCAAGAUAAUAGAUCAAAAAUUAGAUGUGCUAGAUCAAUAUCAAUUAAUAAAUGUGAGAAUAUUAAUUUUAAAAUUGAUAAAAUUAAAAAGUCAAUAGAAGUUAUUGAUAGUAAAGUAAGUAUUAUGAUGAUACCAAAAGAUAAUGAACUAAACGGUGACACAAUACAUAUUGAAAACUCUGAGUUAUAUAAUUUUGGCUUAUAUGUAUCAUGGAAAAAAGCAAUUUUAAUUAAUAGUACUGAAAUUCAUAAGAUCGUUCCACACUGUAAAGAAGAGCUUGUAAUGAAAAGAGUAAAUGACACACAAUUAAUGUUAGACCAAUCUUUGAAGAAAGUUGAAAUGGAAGAAUGUAGUGGAAUUGAUAUUAAGAGUGAUGUUAAAGGAAAAGAAGUUAAAAUGGUAAGAUGUCAUAAUAUAAAGAUAAUUGAUACAUCAAAUUCAAUCAACCAGAUUGAAUGUGAUAAUAUUGAAGUAAUAACAGAACAACAAAAUGAAAUGAUGAGAGGAUUUGGAAUGAUGGGAGGAUUUAUUCAUAAUAAUAUGCCAAUGAGAGGAUUUGGAAAUGGUAAUAAUAUGCCAAUGGGAAGAUUUAUUCCUAAUAAUAUGCCAAUGGGGGAUGAUUUGGCGAUGGAUUCGGUAUUUAGUCAAGAAAGUAAUGAUGAUGAAUAA